CGCUGCAGCGCGAGACCGUUUCAACCCACCGCGAGACAACAAGUGUUUUUAUUCAUUCUGUUAGCAAAGGAUUUUCAUGACAGUCUGAGAUUGUAAGAAGGAAUAAAGGUGGAUAAAGGAAACACGGACAGAGAGAAUCCGUGCUAACAUGGCUGUCUCCACUCAGCUGAGUUUGCUGCUGUGGAAGAACUUCACAUACAGACGGAGACAGACCAUCCAGCUGCUGAUCGAGAUCAUCUGGCCUCUGUUCAUCUUUUUUAUUUUAAUAUCAGUGCGACUGCAUUAUCCUCCCUACGAGCAACAUGAAUGCCACUUUCCCAACAAGGCAAUGCCCUCGGCCGGGACUCUGCCCUGGGUACAAGGUAUCAUCUGCAACGCCAACAACCCCUGCUUCCGCUACCCCACUCCUGGAGAGGCGCCCGGUGCGGUGGCCAACUUUAACGACUCCAUAAUCUCCCGUCUGUUCACGGAUGUCAAGAAGAUUAUGGUCUACAGCCAGAACGACAGGAGCCUGGAGGGCUACAGGGGGCUGGUACGAGCCCUGCGCAAACUGCAGAGCAGCACAGAGGGCUUCAAGCUGAAGGAUUUCCUCCGUGACGACGAAACUCUGUCCGAGUUCCUGAAGCACAACGCCACGCUGAGUCCACACGCCGUCCAGCAAAUAGUGAACGCCGACCUCAACCUGGAGAAGGUGCUGAUGAAAGGGUUCGGAGUGCACCUGAAGGAUCUGUGCAACACCACGCUGCUGGAGGACUUUGUGACCAUCGUCGAUCCAGAUGUGUCUCAGCUGGUCCGGAGAAUCAUUUGCCAGUCGUCCUCAGACUGGCUCAACAGUGCAGAGGCCAACUUCCUGUCCAACCUGGACUUCUUGAAGCCCAUACGGAAGGACGUCAGAUCCGACCCAAAAGUCCAGGACGUAUCUUUGGCCACGGAAAGGCUUCUGGAGAGUCUGGGCUCGCUGACCGUAGAGCUGGUGGGCAUGAAGAGUUGGCGCGACAUGCGGACGGAGAUCCUGUACCUGACGGGCAACGCCACCCACUCGCCCAACCACGUGUACCAGGCCGUGUCCCGCAUCGUGUGCGGCCACCCCGAGGGCGGCGGCCUCAAGAUCAAGUCGCUCAACUGGUACGAGGACAGCAACUACAAGGCUCUGUUCGGCAACCACAACGACUCGGAGGGCGAGCCGGCGUCCGUCUACGAUAACACGUCCACUCCGUACUGCAACAACAUGAUGAAGACGCUGGAGUCGAGUCCCAUCUCGCGUAUGAUCUGGAGAGCCCUGAAGCCCCUGCUCAUGGGAAAGAUCUUAUACACGCCGGACACGCCCGCCACACGCAAAAUCAUCCAUGAGGUGAACCAGACGUUUCAGGAGCUGGGGGUGCUGCGGGAUUUAGGAGGAAUGUGGGAGGAGAUGAGGGUGAAAGUUUGGGAUUUUAUGGAGAACAGUGAAGAAAUGGACCUGGUCAGGACUUUGCUUCAGAAUAACGCCAGCGCUCAGGUCCUCAAUGCCAAGCUGAAGGGCACAGAAUGGCAGGUGGAAGACAUUUCUAGGUUCUUGUCCAAAGCCUCGGAGGACACGCGCGCCCCGGGUACGGCGUACACCUGGAGAGAGGUGUUCAACGAGACCGACCAGGCCAUCCUCACCAUCUCUCGCUUCAUGGAGUGCGUGAACCUGGAUAAGUUGGAGCCGGUGGCCAACGAGGAGCGCCUGGUGAAUAAAUCCAUGAACCUGCUGGACCAUCAGAAGUUCUGGGCCGGCAUCGUGUUCCCGGACAUGCAGGCCGACUCGUCCCAGCUCCCCACCGACGUCAGCUACAAGAUCCGCAUGGACAUCGACAACGUCGAGCGCACCAACAAAAUCAAGGACGGGUACUGGGACCCUGGUCCUCGCGCCGACCCGUUUGAGGAUCUGCGCUACGUGUGGGGUGGAUUUUCUUACCUGCAGGACGUCAUCGAACAAGGAAUCAUCAGGGCGCUCACGGGCAGCAAGGAGAGGACCGGAGUCUACAUCCAGCAGAUGCCCUACCCGUGCUACGUGGAUGACAUCUUCCUGCGCGUGAUGAGUCGCUCGAUGCCCCUCUUCAUGACGCUGGCCUGGAUGUACUCGGUGGCCAUCAUCAUCAAAGGCAUCGUCUACGAGAAGGAGGCGCGGCUCAAGGAGACCAUGAGGAUUAUGGGACUGGACAACGGGAUUCUGUGGCUGAGCUGGUUCAUCAGCAGCCUGAUCCCACUGCUCAUCAGCGCCGCCCUGCUGGUUCUCAUUCUCAAGAUGGGAAACCUGCUGCCCUACAGCGACCCAGGCGUGGUCUACCUGUUCUUGGUCUCCUUCGCCAUAGUCACUAUCAUGCAGUGCUUCCUCAUCAGCACCAUCUUCUCUCGCGCCAACCUGGCGGCCGCGUGCGGGGGCAUCAUCUACUUCACCCUCUACCUGCCCUACGUGCUGUGCGUAGCCUGGCAGGACUACGUCGGCUUCGGCGCCAAAGUGGUCGUGAGCCUCCUGUCGCCGGUGGCGUUCGGGUUCGGCUGCGAGUACUUCGCUCUGUUCGAGGAGCAGGGAGUGGGCAUCCAGUGGGACAACCUGCUGUCCAGUCCCAUGCAGGAGGACAGCUACAGCCUGACCACCUCCAUCUCCCUGAUGAUGUUCGACGCUUUUCUUUACGCCGUCAUGACCUGGUACAUCGAGGCCGUCUUCCCGGGACAAUACGGAAUCCCGCGGCCGUGGUACUUCCCCUUCACCAAGUCGUACUGGUGCGGAGAGAAGUGCGGCUGGACUGCUGCGUCAUCCUCCAACAACAGGGAGAACACAGAAGCGGUGUGUAUGGAGGAGGUCCCGGCCGAUCUGGAGCCCGGCGUCUACAUCGAGAACCUGGUGAAGGUUUACAGACACGGGAACAAGCUGGCGGUCGACGGUCUGACUCUGGGCUUCUACGAGGGGCAGAUCACCUCCUUCCUGGGGCACAACGGAGCUGGAAAGACGACCACCAUGUCCAUCCUGACCGGUCUGUUCCCUCCUACAUCGGGCACUGCCUACAUCAUGGGUAAAGACAUCCGGACCGAUCUGAGCGCCAUCCGUCAGAACCUGGGCGUGUGUCCCCAGCACAACGUCCUCUUUAGCAUGCUGACGGUGGAGGAGCACAUCUGGUUCUACGCCCGUCUCAAAGGUCUGUCGGAGGAGAAGGUGAAGUCUGAGAUGAAUCAGAUAGUCGCCGACCUGGGCCUGCCUCACAAACGCAAGUCCCGCACCAGUCAGCUCUCCGGUGGGAUGCAGAGGAAGCUGUCCGUGGCGCUGGCGUUCGUCGGGGGUUCGAAGGUCGUGAUCUUGGACGAGCCCACGGCCGGGGUCGACCCGUACGCCCGCCGGGGCAUCUGGGACCUCCUGCUCAAGUAUCGCCAAGGUCGGACCAUCAUCCUGUCCACCCACCACAUGGACGAGGCGGACAUCCUGGGCGACCGGAUCGCCAUCAUCUCGCACGGUAAGCUGUGCUGCGUGGGUUCCUCGCUGUUCCUGAAGACCCAGCUGGGCACCGGCUACUACCUCACCCUGGUCAAGAGGGACUUCGACCUUUCCCUCAGCUCCUGCCGCAACUCCAGCAGCACCGUGUCCUGCUCCAAGAACAGCCUCAAGAAGGACGACAGCGUGUCUGAGAGCAGCUCUGACGCUGGACUCGGUAGUGACCAUGAAAGUGACACCACCACUAUUGACGUCUCUCUGAUCUCCAACGUGAUCUUCAAGCACGUCCCCACAGCCCGGCUGGUGGAGGACCUGGGCCACGAGCUCACCUACGUCCUGCCGUACGAAGCCGCCAAGGACGGAGCGUUCGUGGAGCUGUUUCACGAGGUGGACGACCGGCUGAUAGACCUCGGGAUCUCCAGCUACGGCAUCUCGGACACCACGCUGGAGGAGAUCUUCCUGAAAGUCGCCAACGACAACGGCGUCGACGCAGAAACCUCAGACGGAACCAUCCUGACCCUGAGGAGGCACCGCAGGCACGCGUUCGGCGACCACCAGAGCUGCCUCAAACCCUUCAGAGAGGACGAUAACCUCGAUUCCAACGACUCAGAAGGUGAUCCAGAAUCUCGUGAAACGGACUGGUUGGGAGGUUCGGAUGGUAAAGGCUCGUACCAGGUUAAAGGCUGGAGUCUGAAGAGGCAGCAGUUCGUGGCUCUGCUCUGGAAACGCUUCCUCUACGCCCGACGCUCACGCAAAGGUUUCUUCGCCCAGAUCGUUCUUCCCGCCGUGUUCGUGUGCAUCGCUCUGGUCUUCAGUCUGAUCGUGCCACCGUUUGGGAAGUACCCGAGUCUGGAGCUGGAGCCCAGCAUGUACGAGGAGCAGUUCACCUUCAUCAGUAACGACGCCCCCGAAGAUUCUCACACCAACAAGCUGCUCGGAGCUUUAACUGAUGCUCGGGUCUUCGGUGAGAGCUGCGUGCAGGACGACGGGUCAGGCAGAGACGGUCCGUGUCCGAUCAGAGACGACGAGUGGGAGCUUCCUGAAGUGUCCAGCUCGGUAUUGGACAUGUUUCAGACAGGAAACUGGAGCAUGGAGAACCCGUCGCCCCUCUGCGAGUGCAGCUGUGAGCGUAAGAAGAAAAUGCUGCCGGAGUGUCCGGCCGGGGCCGGGGGUCUGCCACCGCCACAGGUUAAAAUCAGCAGCUCGAACACGCUGCAGAAUCUGACGGGUAGAAACAUCUCAGAUUACCUGGUAAAAACGUACGCGCAGAUCAUCGGGAAAAGUCUGAAAAAUAAACUCUGGGUGAAUGAAUUCAGGUACGGUGGAUUCUCACUGGGAGCGAAAGGUUCACUGGAACUUUCCUCCACUGAUGAGAUCUCUGACGCCAUCACUAACAUGAGGAGACGGUUUGAUCUGGAACAAGGAACUGCAACCGACAGGUUUCUGAGAUGCUUAUCGAGUUUUAUUAGCAGCCUGGACACCAAGAACAACGUCAAGAUCUGGUUCAAUAACAAAGGCUGGCACAGCAUCGCAUCUUUCCUCAACGUGAUGAACAACGGCAUCCUGCGUUCCAGUCUGCCCGCCGGCCUGAACCCCGCCAAGUAUGCCAUCAAGGCUUUCAAUCACCCGCUCAACCUCACCAAGGAGCAGCUUUCCCAGGUGGCCCUGAUGACCACCUCCGUGGACGUUCUGGUGUCCAUCUGCGUCAUCUUCGCCAUGUCCUUCGUCCCGGCCAGUUUCGUGGUGUUCCUGAUCCAGGAGAGAGUGAACAAAGCCAAGCACAUGCAGUUCAUCAGCGGGGUUCAGCCCUUCCUCUACUGGCUCGCCAACUUCGUCUGGGACAUGUGUAACUACAUCGUCCCCGCGACCCUGGUCAUCAUCAUCUUCAUCUGCUUCCAGCAGGAGGCCUACGUCUCCUCCACCAACCUGCCCGUCCUGGCGCUGCUACUGCUGCUCUACGGGUGGUCCAUCACCCCCCUGAUGUACCCGGCGUCGUUCUUCUUCAAGAUCCCCAGCACGGCCUACGUGGUCCUGACCAGCGUCAACAUCCUGAUCGGGAUCAACGGCAGCGUGUCCACGUUUGUGCUGGAGCUGUUCGGGAACAACGAGAUCGGCGGGAUCAAUGACAUCCUGAAGAACGUGUUCCUGAUCUUCCCUCACUUCUGCCUGGGCCGGGGACUCAUAGACAUGGUGAAGAACCAGGCCAUGGCCGACGCGCUGGAGAGAUUCGGUGAGAAUCGGUUCAAAUCCCCUCUGGCGUGGGACAUGGUGGGCAAGAACCUGUUUGCUAUGGCUGUGGAGGGCGUGGUCUUCUUCUGCAUCACCAUACUUAUACAGUAUCGCUUCUGCCUCAAGUCCAGAGGGUUCAGCGCCCGCCUGAAGCCGAUCACCGAAGAGGACGAGGACGUGGCCCGAGAGAGGCAGAGGAUUGUGGGCGGAGGUGGACACAGUGACAUCCUGGAGCUCCGAGAGCUGACUAAAGUGUACAAGAGGAAGCAGAAGCCGGCCGUGGACAGGCUGUGUGUGGGAAUUCCACGCGGAGAGUGUUUCGGCUUGCUCGGUGUGAACGGCGCCGGAAAAACGAGUACGUUCAAGAUGCUGACUGGCGAUUCGCUCAUCACAAGCGGAGAAGCUUAUCUAGCUGGCAGGAGCGUGCUGACGGAGAUUGACGAGGUGCAUCAGAACAUGGGUUACUGCCCUCAGUUCGACGCCAUCAACGACCUGCUGACCGGCCGCGAGCACCUGGAAUUUUACGCCAUCCUGCACGGCGUUCCUGAAAAAGAAGUCUGUGAGGUAGCCGAGUGGGGGAUCCGUAAACUGGGGUUGAUUAAAUAUGUGGACAAAGCUGCAGGAAGCUACAGCGGAGGAAACAUGCGCAAGCUCUCCACCGCCAUGGCUCUCAUCGGCGGGCCGCCCGUCGUCUUUCUGGAUGAACCCACCACGGGCAUGGACCCCAAAGCUCGGAGGGCGCUGUGGAACUGCAUCCUCAGCAUUAUUAAGGAGGGGCGCUCCGUCGUCCUCACGUCACACAGUAUGGAGGAGUGUGAGGCUCUGUGCACUCGUAUGGCCAUUAUGGUGAACGGCAGGUUCCGCUGCCUGGGCAGCGUUCAGCAUCUGAAGAACAGGUUUGGUGAUGGGUACACCAUCAUCCUGCGGGUCGGGGGGGGCGAGCCGCGGUUAGAGCCGGUGAUAGAGCUGAUCGAACAUGAGCUUCCCGGCAGCAUGUUGAAGGAGAAGCACAGGAACAUGCUGCAGUACCAGCUACCGUCUUCACUGUCCUCGCUGGCACGGAUCUUCAGCAUCCUGUCCAGGAACAAAGAGCAGCUCCACAUCGAGGACUACUCCGUCUCACAGACCACGCUAGACCAAGUAUUUGUCAAUUUUGCCAAGGACCAAAGUGAUGAGGACCACUUCAAAGACAUUUCCAUAAACAGGAACGACGCCGUGGUGGACUUAUCACAGCUCGACACCUUCCUAACGGACAAAAAAGCCAAGGAGACCAUUUUGUAAUCCAUCAGAAUCUGCCACUGGAUAUUCACUGGAUAUCCGUUUAUAAAGACUCGUGUCAUUUUUUUUAUAUUAUUUAGUUUCUUUCUUUUUUUUUCAGUAGAGUGCGUGCCCACAAGAGGGCGCUGGACCUAAAGCACAAUACUGAAAUAAUGCAAAUCAAUGCAAAGAUAAAUCUGCUACGAUGACGGCUAGGAAGAGCCUGGCGCCCCUCGCCGCAUCGAGAGUAAAACUUGAAGCCGUUUUUAUUUUUUUCCGACAGUAUUGUUGUUACCAGAUGCGUUUCUACAUUUUUACAGUUCCAAUCAGACACUGCCGGCAAGACUUUCAGACAAUUCAGGGUCAGAGUUUAUCUCACGCUCGAGUGCAGACGUCACUCAGACCUGGACACUUUAUGGGUGCAUCACCAAAAAAAAAAGAUAUAUUUUGUAAACUGUGUCGAGUGAUAAUACAGUUGCACCUGUGAUGAAGAACUGGAAAGACACCAGCCGUGAUUCACAAGAAACGUCGGCCGACCUCCAGCGCAGAAGACUCUCUGCAAACAGCAAGAUGUGUAUCGCAUGCUUUAAAAGGCCACGCCCAUGACCGUUAUGUGAGCCUAAGCAUGCAAAUACUAGUUUUGAAAGUAGUGAUCAUGCUGUCGUGUCGUAAAACUGAUUGCCAGUAAAUAUUGCUGCAGGUUUAUAUAAUUACAAGAAGGUGUAUUACUAAAUAUCGUAAACAUUUCAUGUUGCAUUGUGAGUGCCAAAUCAGUCUGAUAAAGUGUAAGGCUGUGUUCAGAAGGACAUUUUAUUAGGGAAUCCAUCCAAAAUGCAUCGACGAGUAUCCUGUUGCUGGUUUGUUGUAGGCAUUAUCAAGUAACUUGUCACUUUAACUGGUUUUCCUGGUCUCUAGCCCAUAAGGCCAAGCCUUGAAGUAUACCAGUGGCAUUUAAUAUUCCCAACACUGGGCCACAGUGUGGCUGCAGGUUUUCAUACCAACCAAGCAUGAGCUCUAGCUGUCUGGACUGUAAUAAGUCAGUCUUGGUCUUUAAACUACUUCUGAUUGGUUGUUUUGAAAACCUGCACCCACACCAGUCAUUUCCAGACAAUAUUCAGUAUUAGCUAACCAAGGGUGACUCCAAUUGGAACAUGCCAAACAGAUCCUGAAGCAUGUGUACUUUCUUGUCCUUCAAUCUAAUGGCACAAGCAAAUUCUGGUACAAUUUAAAGACGUGGACUAAGAUGCGUCCAAGCUGCUGUUUUUUAUCCCAGUGUCCCCUUUUACACAACACACACCAGCAUUUUAGGGUUCGGUUCAUACAAUGCCACGUUUCCGAACUGCAGCUAAUGCAACAUUAGUGGGCAGGCGUAGCUUCAGAAAAAGGUUGGAAGAGAGACAGACUCUAUAUUUACUGAUAAUUGAUUAUUAGUGGAGACAAGAGGGCCAUUCCUUCUACCUACAGAGCAGCCAUUAUGCUCUCUAGGACUUUCAGCCAUCGGUGGCUAUGGCGUUGUUGCAUACCAAAAAAAAAAAAAAAACAUUUUGAUGGUCACUAAAUAGUCCUUGUGAACACAGCUUACAGAUCCAGUGGAUAAGUUGACUGUCGGCGAUCACACCAAGCCAAACAGCCGUGUGACAGUGACUUCUUCAUGGUGUUACCUGUGGUGUCGGAUAUCAUGCACCGUUGUAGACCACGUGCUGUAGAUGGUGGUGUUUGUCCUUUAGGCUGAGUGCAGCUCAUCUAAUGCUCGAUUUUAAUACCGACUUCAGCCUCGGAUGUCUUGCCUAAUCAAAAUGUUUCUGUACCAGCAUACGUCCUGUGAAUGGGUGACGUGUUCAACAGCUUCUAACUCAGGAUUGUACACCUCUUACAUUUUGAUGGAAUCAUUUUUGCACAUUAUCAUACAUUACAAACCACUAUAUUAAUUCACAGGCGCCUGUCGUCUCUAUCCUACAGCUCCAUUUGACCAAAAGUGGCACCAAUGCAUUUUGCAAUUGGUGUUGUAUAGGUAAACUUCUUUACAUUUAGUUUUGAAUCUGGACUGUAAAUUGGUUGAUUAUGGAGAAGUGAGAUGUUAUAAUCAAAAUGACGCCGAGAGAAGUAGUUCGUCGUCAUCGGUCCAACAUUAAAGCACUUUAUAAACAUUUUGGUAAGCUGUAUAGUCCGGGACAUUUACACUUUCUAUAUUUCAUAUGCAGAGAGCUCUUUAUGUAUCAGAAGAUUAAGACAUUAGCAUUAACUGUUUCACUAAGUUCAUUUUGUGUUAAGUUAUGUGUUUACAUUUUAAGUAUUAAAAUGCUAUCUUAAUCUUUUGUCUUUCUGUACUUAUAAAUAAAUAAAAACACAUUGUCUCUAAAA